GCCGUCCCCGCCCGGCGCCGCCGCGGGACGGGUAACGGUUACGAAGCACUUUCUCCGCCGCGAUUUCUGCUUAGUCAUUGUCUUCCUGGAAACGGCUCCUCAGUUGGGAGUCCACUCUCCCGCGGCGGCCGCUGUAGCAGAGAGCCGCAGCCAUCAGCGCGUCUUUCCUGGCCGCAGCUCCGCCGCCGCCCGGUCGUCCUUGGGCCCGAGCGCAGGCCGGGGUCUCGCCGCGCGGGGCGAGCAGCCUCGCGCUUUGCUCUCCGGCCUCGGGCACCGCGUCCUACGGGCGGCCUCCUUCCCCGCCUGCGGCCCCGUCGCCGCCGGGCCCGCUCCGUCGGCUGCUGUCAUGGGCACCGACAGCCGCGCGGCCGGAGCGCUCCUGGCGCGGGCCAGCACCCUGCACCUGCAGACGGGGAACCUGCUGAACUGGGGCCGCCUGCGGAAGAAGUGCCCGUCCACGCACAGCGAGGAGCUUCGAGAUUGUAUUCAAAAGACCUUAAAUGAAUGGAGUUCCCAAAUCAACCCAGAUUUGGUCAGGGAGUUUCCAGAUGUCUUGGAAUGUACUGUAUCUCAUGCAGUAGAAAAGAUAAAUCCUGAUGAAAGAGAAGAAAUGAAAGUUUCUGCAAAACUGUUCAUUGUGGGAUCAAACUCUUCAUCAUCAACUAGAAAUGCAGUCGACAUGGCCUGUUCAGUCCUUGGCGUUGCACAGCUGGAUUCUGUGAUCAUUGCUUCACCUCCUAUUGAAGAUGGAGUUAAUCUUUCCUUGGAGCAUCUGCAGCCUUACUGGGAAGAAUUACAAAACUUAGUUCAGAGCAAAAAGAUUGUUGCUAUUGGUACCUCUGAUCUGGACAAAACCCAGUUGGAGCAGCUGUAUCAGUGGGCACAGGUAAAACCAAAUAGUAACCAAGUUAAUCUUGCCUCCUGCUGUGUGAUGCCACCUGAUUUGACUGCAUUUGCCAAACAGUUUGACAUACAGCUAUUGACUCAUAAUGAUCCAAAAGAACUGCUUUCUGAAGCAAGUUUCCAAGAAGCACUUCAGGAGAGCAUCCCUGACAUUCAAGCACAUGAGUGGGUGCCUCUGUGGCUACUGCGGUACUCGGUCAUUGUUAAAAGUAGAGGAAUUAUCAAAUCAAAAGGCUACAUCUUACAAGCUAAAAGAAAGGGUUCCUAACUGCAGCUUAGGGUCAUAACCUACUGACCUGUAUUUUCCUUGAAUAUAAGAUGAAAUUGAGAUGUGUAAAAAUCUAAUUACUGCCUGUAAGUGUAUCAUGGAGGCAGAUAUUCUUUAGUUACAUUUGACAAUAUAUUAUCUGUCAAGUUUGAAUAUUUCUCUUGCUUCCAUAUCAGUUCACUCACAUGAACCACUGUAUUGUUUUCAUUAAACUAUUGUUUUCUAAUUGAAAUCGUCUAUAAAGAAUAUACUUGCAAUAUAUUUUUCCUUUAUUUUUAUGACAUUAGCAAUCAAGAAAAUUUGUCAUUAGAUAUAUUUUGGCCUAGGCAUCAGGGUAAUGUAUAUACAUAUUUUUUAUUUCUAAAAAAUUCAUUAAUUGCUUCUUACUCUAUAGUAUAACUAAGCAAUUUAAUUACAAUUGUUACAACUGAAAUACUGGAAGAUAUUUUUCCUGUCAUUGAUAAGAUGAUUAUAUCUCAGACUAACUGGAGUAGCUGGGAUCUACUAAUAGUGUAAAUAAAAGUCCUUUCCUCACUACAUGAAUGGAAACUUAAAUUGUUUUUAUGUGUCCUUGCUUGUAGUUUACCUGCAAUGAUUUAACCUUGUAUUCUGUGCCAUAAUUGCUCUUGCUUUUAUUACGAGGACAAACCAAAGUAAAUAUGUAAAGGAGACUAGGAGCUUUGAUCUUAUUGUUUGGGGGCUUUAUAAAAGCAGCUAUUGUCACAUCCAGAUUCUUUUUAAUUCUCAUUCUGUUGUUAGUAUCUUUCUACUCAUUCAGGAAUAUUCAGUAAGUAUUGAGCGAUUACCGUGUGCUGGGCACUGUGGGCUCUGGAAGGAGAGAGCACAGGGAUGAAGAAUCAAUUAAGUAAAAUACGCAAUACUCAUUCCCUUCUAGUAACCGACUACGAGGGACUAAGAGCCAGAAAAGAGGUGAAAAAAAUCUUUAGUUCAGGGUCAGUGUUGUCUGUUUAGAUAACUUUGUUUGAGAUACAGUCUUAACUAUUUAAAAACAGGACAGUAUAAUCAAAACUUUAAAGCUAAAAGAGACUGUGUAUCAUUCAAUAUGAUUCCUCAUUAGAUUAAGAACCAGAAAAUAGCAAAUAAGUAAGUUGUGACCUUUGGUAUAUACUAUUGGUCUCUGUAACUAUAAAUUUGUAUCUGUGACCCAAAUAGUUUGAAAAAUUUUUUUUAAAUCUCUUGUAUCUCAAUUAAUACUUUUAAACCAUGUAUUUUAACAUAUGGUUUGUAAAACUAAGCUAAUGAUAAUAUAUAUAUUUAUACAUACACAUAUAUACAUACGCACACAUACAUAUACAUAUACACACAUGUAUGUAACUCAUAUAAAACUAAUUUGCCCAAGUUUUUUCAGCUUAGGGAAAAGAGCUAUGAUUCCAUAUUCAAAAUAAACACAUUAAAAAUCAAUAUUAUAUAAACAAACAAGACUCUUCUCCUAUCAUAAGUAAGGUUUUGUGGUUUACUAGUUGGAUAAUUUGAUUAGAAUUGUAAUGUGAAAUCAGCUGGUUUACCUGCUAAAACUUGUUUAGACUUUCAGCUUCCUAAAGCCUUCUGUAGCCUUUAUAUUAAUUGUAUGUAAUGUUAUUAAGUAUACAUAGUUAACUUUUUAGUUUGGAAAAGUACAUUUUUUCGUGUAACAUAAGUCUUAAACAAAUGCUCAUUUUAAUUUAAGCCUAUAGAGUGAAUUGGCCAAGAUAUUUAAGAGGGUACUUAAAUAUCACAUUUAUUAUUUUUUAAAACCCUAGGCUUACAAAAGCAGAUUUUUAAAUAAAAGCAGGUUAUUUUGAAAAUAGGAAAAAAACAUAUAUUGCCAAUAUAUCCAGACUUCAGGGGGACCUUUUUGUGUGUUUUUUCACCAACUCUUGACAAGGACCCAAGAUUAUAGAUUCAUUUUAUGAAGGGGAUCAUGUAUGGCUUUUUUUAAAUGUGUUUUUUGUUUUGCUUCUAUAUCUUUAAUUUCUGUUCUUGAAUAACCUUUCUUUAAAAAACUGAUUUUUUAAGGCUUCAUCUUUUCUAAGCUGAUAUUCACUUCUUUAUUUGGUGAACUAUCAGAAUAUAGUGAAUGCUUUUCAAAUAUUGAAGGAUUUAAUGUUUAAAAAGCCAUAAAAUAAAGAGUGAUGAUACUACCAAAUAACUGCUUAAAACUGAAAGCUAAGUGAGCAAUAGUGUAUAUAACAGAUUUGUUUUUCUGGUGAGAUGUGUAUCCAGUGACCCAAGGUAUAAAGAAUUUUAUAACUUUUUUUCCAGUAAACAUGACAAGAAGCUGCAGCUUAUUAUUAUGUGUCCAAAAUACACUGGAGCCUUAUUUUAACACAAUGUACUGUAACUUGUAAUUUGUUCUGUAAUGAGUCUGUUUUGAAUUCUCAUCUAAGAAACUGUAGUCAAAAAAAAGGACCCAGGUGUCUUAUAAAAUGUGUUUUCAUGUAGUGUGAAUUCUGAAGACCACAUUGUGCCAGUAUGAUAAUAGAGUAUCCAACAACCAGUGCUAGAAAUUGAAUCACGAAUAAUAGCUAAUAAUUUUUCCAUUCACAGGAACAUUUAGACAGCUGUGUGAAAUGGAAAGUGAAGUUAUUCUGUUUUGAAUGAAUGAUACAGACUUUUCCCUACCAGAGCCUAGUAGUAACUGAAAUAGGAUCUUGAUUUUCAGUGAUAAAGGUCUAAGGCUCAUUUAAUUGUGUCUUUUUUUAGAACCUAAGAAGUUCAAGUUUAGAACUUCUUAAGUUUAACUUAAGAAAGUUUAGAAGUCUUUCUAACUUUUCCACCCAGUUUCAAUAUUUAGGAAUGUAAGCAGUUGAUAUAUAUAUAUAUAUUGUGUGUAUGUAUAUAUAUAUAUAUAUAUAUAUACACAUACACACAAUAUGUGAGUUUUAUUUUUUAAAAAUAUGUACUAUAACUUUUAUUAAUUUUUUUAUAGUUUUCAGAAUGAGAAAUAUACUUAGGAGGGGGAAAUGUUUUAAUAGAUAAUUCUACUUUUAUGUGUCUUUAGUAGUAUACUAUAAAGGCAAAAUAUAAAGCAUCAUUAAAUAUUUAUAAUAGUUUUUAAUUUUAACUAUAUUAUGAACUUAAAGUAUGAGUUGUAUAUUUUUUAAUUGAGUUGUUGCAAUAAUUGUAAGCAUCUUGAAACAUUGACUUUGAACUGUUUAAAUUCAAACUGAGUAUGAUUUAAAAAUAAAUUAUGAUAAAAAUUUAAACAUCCAAGCCAUAAAGUUAUUCAUCCAUUCAUUCAAUAAAGAUGUAUUGAAUGCCUGCUGUGUGCCAGGCACUGUGCCAGGUGUUGGCAGAAAGACACAGAGAUGAAAACAGCCCUGUCUUCAGAGAGUAGAUAAGUGUAUUUGAGGGGCGAGAGAGAUCUCAAUGUGAACAAGAGCAAUAAAGGGCUGCACGUGUUGUUAAUGAUAAAAGCUGUGAAAGGGGAGUAGGGUCAUAUGGAAGGACUGCCGGGAAGCAGAGUGAGGACACGUAAGAAAAGUUCCCUGAAGAAACUAGCCUUAGAGUUAGGAUCAUAGAGUGGGAUGAGGGGUGUGCCUGGUUUGUAUUCAAUAAAUACACUUAUACUGAAUGAUGAAACAGUUUAUAUAUAAACUUAGAUUCAGUGAAAACACUUUCUUCAAGAGCUUAUUCUUAUCAGAUAGAAAGGAAUGGCUUCUAGUGAGACAAGAGUAGGUAAGGUUUGAAAAGUCACAUUUUACAUAAGACAGAAACUUGCCUCAGUCCCCUAGACAUGCUAGGGUAUGUCUUAUGUAGUUUCACUACCAGAAACAUCAGACAAAACCUUGAUAUGUAUCUCUCAGCAAUGAAUAAAUGUAUAAAAUGUUCUACAA